AUGGCCGCCACCGGAGUUUGUCUUUUUCCCGGCCGCUUGCCCUCCGUUAUCCGUCACGAAUUCACGUCGUCAUCAUCAUCAUCAUCAUCAUCAUCCGGAACAAAGUUCAAUCCGAUCUCGAUUCCAUCUCGGAGGCUAGCCGCCGUCUCCACAGACCACACUCCCACGAUCUUGACCACAGUCAACAACCAAACCGGCGGGUCGUCCGGGAAUGACGCUCAUACGACGACCACGUCAGCUGCUGCAGAGAAGAAGAGGUGGCCUGGUCAGGAGGACCAGGAGGAGUUGGAUGCGGAAGAAGAAGACGCUCUUCUGAGCUUGACGGAUUUCUUUGAGCAAGCCAAGGAUUUCGUCACCUCCAACGGUGGCGGCGUUGGACCGCCUCGCUGGUUCUCUCCCUUACACGACGGCGGGUCCCGCUUGAACAAUUCGCCUCUGCUUCUCUUUUUGCCUGGAAUUGAUGGCACUGGACUUGGGCUUAUAAGACAUCAACACAAGCUUGGAAAGAUUUUCGAUGUCUGGUGCUUGCAUAUUCCUGCUAAGGAUCGAACAUCAUUUACAGAUCUAGUGAAGCUGGUUGAAAGAACAAUUAGGUCAGAGCAUCAUCACUCACCAAAUAGGCCCAUAUAUCUUGUUGGAGAAUCCCUUGGAGCAUGCCUCGCGCUAUCCGUGGCAGCCCUUAACCCUGAUAUUGACCUUGUUCUAAUUUUGGCUAAUCCAGCUACGUCCUUUGGCAAGUCACAACUUCAACCAAUAAUACCUGUGCUGCAGGUCAUUCCUGACUCACUUCCUAUUAGCCUUCCUCAUAUACUGAGCUCAAUGACAGGUGUUCUGGUGGCUAAUUUGGAGAAGGGGCUUGGACUUCCUCUGCCACAGACAGUUGAGAAGCUAUCACGUGAUCUUGCUGCGUCAACAACUUAUCUCUCUGUUCUUGCUGAUAUCUUACCAAGAGAAACACUUCUGUGGAAGCUACAAAUGAUUAGAUCAGCUUCUCCAUAUGCCAAUUCACGUCUCCAUGCUGUAAAAGCUCAAACGCUGAUACUUUCCAGUGGAAAGGAUCAGUUGCUACCUAGUCAAGAGGAAGGUGAAAGACUCCAACGCACACUUGCAAAUUGUGAGAUUCGUAUGUUUGAGAACAGCGGCCAUUUCCUCUUCUCGGAAGAUGAUUUUGAUUUGGUAACUGUCAUCAAGGGUACUGGUUUCUACCGUCAUUCCAGACACCGAGACUAUGUUUCUGAUUACAUACCACCCACGCGUUCUGAAGUAAAAAACGUAGUUGACUCGAACAGAUGGCUAUCCAUAGCCACCAGCCCAGUGAUGCUCUCAACUUUAGCAGAUGGGAAGAUCGUGAGGAGCCUAGCUGGAAUUCCUUCAGAGGGUCCUGUAUUGUUUGUUGGCUAUCACAUGUUGCUGGGGUUUGAAUUGGCUCCCAUGGUAACCCAGAUGUUGGUAGAAAGAAACAUCCAUCUGCGAGGAAUAGCACAUCCAAUGAUGUUUACAAAAUUGAGAGAAGGAAGGCUACCUGAUAUAUCAAAUUAUGACACAUUAAGAGUUAUGGGUGCAGUUCCUGUCUCAGGAAGCAACUUUUACAAACUACUUUCUUCAAAGUGUCAUGUCCUACUCUAUCCAGGUGGAGUGCGUGAGGCUCUUCACCGGAAGGGGGAAGAAUAUAAGUUAUUCUGGCCGGAACAGUCAGAGUUUGUGAGGAUGGCAGCAAGAUUUGGAGCCAAAAUCGUACCUUUUGGUGCUGUUGGAGAAGAUGAUAUUGCCGACCUAUUGUUGGAUUAUGAAGACCAGAUGAAAAUCCCUUUCCUUAAGGAAUUUAUAGAGGAGAUAACGGAUGAGGCCGCCAAAGUGAGAGUUGGGUAUGAUGGGGAGGUAGGAAACCAAGAUGUACACUUUCCAGGAAUUAUACCAAAAGUUCCUGGCAGGUUCUAUUAUUAUUUUGGGAAACCAAUUGAAACACAAGGGAGGAAGCAGGAAUUAAGAGACAGGGAGAAAGCUCAUCAAGUGUAUUUAGAAGUGAAGUCAGAGGUUGAGAAAUGCCUUGCUUAUUUGAGGGAGAAGAGAGAAAAUGAUCCUUACAGAAGUGUCUUUUCUCGGCUACAAUACCAGGCCAUGCAUGGCUUUUCAUCCGAAGUCGAAAUUCCUACUUUUGAACUUUGA